AUGGAGCACUGGAAGCUUCCUGAGCUGCGUCCGCUUGUCGGCUAUCAAUUUAAUGUCCCGGGUAAGUCUUUUGUUGCCGUUCAUCAUCGCACACAUCCUUUAGUUCGUGCAAACCUGGCAUCUAACAAUUUGGUAGGCGGCAAUCCUUUCCAGCAAAGCACUGGACUCACUCAUGCGCCCGCUCCCACCACAACCCCUCCUAUCGCCAUUCACAUUGACAGCGCUCCCUCUGACACCAGGCAUUGCAGCCGCGCCGAGAAGCUCAACAGAAACCACCUCAAGAAAAUCCAGAAGAACCACAAAAUCAUCCAAUCCCGAUUUCAGUCUCGUCUUGACGCACAAGAACGCAAGAACCGCAUCCUCUCUGCGAGGUUUGAGCAGCUCAAACAAUACCAGGCGUUCGUCACCAGCUUGCAGGAUAUUGAAGGCAAGGUCACAAUGGCUGAGGCCUAUGGGCAUUGGUUGGAGAUCAGCAUCCAGAAUUGUGAAAGUGUGGUUGGACGAUUUGGCUUGGAGGGACCCCUGAAGAUUGGAGAGGAGGACGAGGAAGAUGAGGAGGACGAGGAGGAGGAGGAGGUAGUGGAAGACGAAGGCGAAAGCGAGGAGGAUGAGAAAGAGGGAUCAGAGAACUCUGAGGAGGACUCGGAUGAGGAAGAGAACGCGGAGUCCUGCUGCGCCAAUGAUGAGGACGACUACUGA